CUCCGCCCCCCGCCCUCCCGCUCGGCUCCCCGGGGCCGCAGACCCCGCUCCGCCCGCGCCCCGCUCGGCUCCGCGGCUCCCGCCGUCGCCCGCUGCCCCUCCCGGGGCCAUGGGGGCGCCCCCGGGCUACCGGCCCUCCGCCUGGGUGCAUCUCCUCCACCAGCUGCCCCGCGCCGACUUCCAGCUCCGCCCGGUGCCCAGCGGCUUCGCGCCCCGGGAGCAGGAAUACCAGCAGGCCCUGUUGCUGGUGGCGGCCGUGGCAGGCCUGGGCUUGGGCCUGAGCCUCGUCUUCAUUGCUGUCUACCUCAUCCGCUUCUGCUGUUGCCGCCCCCCAGAGCCCCCCGGGGCCAAGAGUACCCCACCAGGCGGAGGCUGUGUCACCUGGAGCUGCGUGGCUGCCCUCCUCGUCGGCUGUGCUGGCAUUGGCAUUGGUUUCUAUGGCAACAGCGAGACCAGUGAUGGGGUGUCCCAGCUCAGCUCGGCACUGCUGCACGCCAACCACACGCUCAGCACCAUUGACCACCUGGUGGUAGAGACAGUGGAGAAGCUGGGCGAGGCGGUGAGGACAGAGCUGACCACCCUAGAGGAGGUGCUGGCACAGCGCACAGAGCUGGUGGCGGCCACCCGGGGAGCUCGGCGGCAGGCGGAGGCUGUGGCCCAGCAAUUGCAGGGGCUGGCCUUCUGGCAGGGAGUGCCCUUGAGCCCCCUGCAGGUGGCUGAAGAUGUGUCCUUUGUGGAGGAGUACAGGUGGCUGGCCUAUGUCCUCCUGCUGCUCCUGGAGCUGCUGGUCUGCCUCUUCACCCUCGUGGGCCUGGCGAAGCAGAGCAAGUGGCUGGUGGUCGUGAUGACUGCUAUGAGCCUCCUGGUGCUUGUCCUAAGCUGGGGCUCCAUGGGCCUCGAGGCAGCCACGGCGGUGGGCCUCAGUGACUUCUGCUCCAAUCCAGACACCUAUGUUCUGAACCUGACCCAGGAGGAGACUGGGCUCAGCUCAGACAUCCUGAACUAUUACUUCCUGUGCAACCAGGCCAUCACCAACCCCUUCCAACAGAGGCUGACUCUGUCCCAGAGAGCUCUGGCCAAUAUCCACUCCCAGCUGCAGGGCCUGGAGCGAGAAGCAGUUCCCCAGUUCCCAUCUGCACAGAAGCCUCUGCUGUCCUUGGAGGAGACCCUGAAUGUGACAGAGGGAAACUUCCACCAGCUGGUGGCACUGCUACACUGCCGUGGCCUGCACAAGGACUACGGUGUGGCGCUGCGCGGCCUGUGUGAAGACGCACUGGAGGGCCUGCUCUUCCUGCUGCUCUUCUCCCUCCUGUCUGCUGGGGCCCUGGCCACCACUCUCUGCAGCCUACCCCGAGCCUGGGCCCUCUUCCCACCCAGUGACGACUAUGAGGACACUGAUGACGACGACCCUUUUAACCCUCAGGAAUCCAAGCGCUUUGUGCAGUGGCAGUCCUCUAUCUGAACCCCUCCUCCCCGCUGGCCUGGAGCCUGCCUCCCCUCGACGCUCCUUCCCUGGCCGCAGGAGGAGACCCCAUUAACCUGCCUGACUGGGCUCUGACCACUAACACUGAUGGCCACGGACACCCUCCACAGGACUGUCUCCUGCUCUGGCCCCAGUGCCCCCAUCUGUCCUCACCUCUGUGGUAGCUGAGGGGGCAGAGCAGGAGCCAGAGCUGGCAGGGGAGGAGGCAGGCAGACACCCAGGCCUCAUCUCUGCUGCCAGUCCCAUUCACAAAGGGACUGGAAUGGGUGCAGGGACCACAGUCUUCCUGCCCCUCCCUACCCCAGGGAGCUCCAGGGCUCUGGUCUCAACUUGUGACACUAACUUGGAAAGGACUGAUUUGAAAUAAAAAGGAAGACUUUAUUUUACAAGC